UGAUUAUGAAGUAACGGAUGAAGCUGAAGCAUAUUUACAUAUCAUUGAUGAAAUAGUUCCUACUGAAGAAAUUCUUGAUGAUAAUGACAUUAUUGCAUUGAUAAAAUCUCAAGAAGAAAAUGAAACGAAUCAAGAAUCAAAUGAUGAAAUAUCACCUUUAAUAAUGACAAUGAAAGUCAUUGAAUCAUUACAAAAG